AUCGGAGGUGGCAGCGGGCGGCCCGUCCCUUCCUGGCGGAGCUCUGGCCCCGGGCCCCCUCCCCUUCCGCGGCUUCCUCUCCCCGCCUCACGGUGCUGCGGCGUGUGCGCUCCCUGCGCGCAGGCCACACCCGGGCGUCCUGCGGCCUCGGGCGCGAGUUGACGAACUGCGCCGGAACCUUCCGGGAAGCCCGAUCCGGCGCGCACGGUGCCGAGUGCGAGCGCCUGGGCCCGGGUGCCCUGCGCACAGCGGCGGAGAGCGAGUCCGGGCGAGGAUUCGGACACAGACUGCGCGCCCCUGAGUGCCGGCGCCGGCUCCUCCAGCUCCGCAGAUGUUCACACCCCCUCAGAAGGGCUCCGGGACCCCUACCACCUGUCCGGGUUCCGUCUCCACGCAGGGCCUGCACAGUAACCAUGGGGAUGGUCUGGAAAGAGAAUGCUCCAGAAAGCCAGACCAGAAGCCGCUGAAGCCCUACGGAGUGGGUGAUCCCACCGCCACCUUCUCCUCCGACAGCCCCUACCUGUCCUCGAGAGGAAGCGUCAUUAAAUGGUUCUGGGAUUCAGCAGAGGAGGGCUACAGGACCUACCACAUGGAUGAGUAUGAUGAGGAUAAGAACCCCAGUGGCAUCAUUAACUUGGGCACCAGUGAGAACAAACUCUGCUUUGACCUGCUGUCCAGGCGGCUGAGUCAGAGCGACAUGCUGCGGGUGGAGCCGUGCCUGCUGCAGUACCCUGACUGGAGGGGACAUCUGUUCCUCCGGGAGGAAGUGGCCAGGUUCCUGUCUUUCUACUGCAGGAGCCCCACACCCCUUAAGCCAGAGAAUGUGGUGGUUCUGAAUGGCUGUGCCUCUCUCUUCUCCGCCCUGGCCGCGGUACUGUGUGAGGUGGGGGAGGCUUUCCUGAUCCCUGCCCCUUACUAUGGAGCCAUCACGCAGCAUGUGUAUCUCUACGGCAACGUCCGACUGGUCUGUGUCUAUCUGGACAGUGAGGUCACUGGGCUGGAGACACGCCCCUUCCAGCUCACAGUGGAGAAGCUCGAGAUGGCGCUGGAAGGAGCUAAUUCUGAGGGUGUGAAGGUCAAAGGCCUCAUCCUCAUCCACCCCCAGAACCCUCUGGGUGAUGUCUAUUCCCCAGGAGAGCUGCAGGAGUACCUGAAGUUUGCCAAGAGGCAUGAGCUGCACGUGAUGGUGGAUGAGGUCUACAUGCUGUCCGUGUUUGAGGAGUCGGUUGGGUACCACAGUGUCCUGAGCCUGGAAAGGCUGCCUGACCCCCAGAGGACCCACGUGAUGUGGGCGACCAGCAAGGACUUCGGGAUGUCUGGGCUCCGCUUCGGCACGCUGUACACAGAAAACCAGGACGUGGCCACUGCGGUAUCCUCCCUCUGCCGCUAUCACGGCCUCAGUGGCUUGCUCCAGUAUCAGAUGGCACAGCUGCUCCGGGACCGUGACUGGAUCAACCAAGUGUACCUGCCGGAAAACCGUGCCCGGCUCAAGGCUGCUCACGUCUAUGUCUCGGAAGAGCUCCGGGCCCUGGGGAUCCCCUUCGUGAGCCGUGGGGCCGGCUUCCUCAUCUGGGUCGACUUGAGGAAGUACCUGCCCGCGGCCACCUUUGACGAGGAGAUGCUGCUCUGGCGCCGCUUUUUGGAUAACAAGGUGCUGCUGUCCUUUGGCCGAGCCUUCGAGUGCAAAGAGCCUGGCUGGUUCCGCUUGGUUUUCUCUGACGAGACCCACCGGCUUCGCCUGGGGAUGCAGAGGGUCCGGCAGGUGCUUGAGGGCAAAUCCCAGGAGGCAGAAGACGCCCCUUCCUGCUAGACCUAGGAGCCGCGGGGUCCGCACAGGAUACGCUGAUGCCAGGAUUUGCUUUGCUGGAAUGCCUGCCGCUUUUCCAGAGGUCAGAACAGAACGGCCACGCUGAGGUCCCUACGCGUCCUCUCCAGAGACCUCUGCUGUGACGCCGCCACUGUUGUUGAGGGCCCCCUGUGAAGGACCCAUGUGAUGAAUUCCAUGUAGAAUCUUCAGGAGGAUGACUCCUAGCUCUCCCUUAGAGGGAAGCCAAGCAGGUUUCCUAGCAGAGGCUGAUUAAACUAGGAAUCUGGAUCUGAACUGAGCUCAUUGGUUUGAGUAGAGCUGGCUUGUGCUCUGCUGAAUGGCUGUGUUCCGUAUGUCUCCCUUCCUGGAGCAUGGACUGGACAUAUCCUACCCCCACCCCACAGCUUCUCUGCUCACCGUUCUGCCCUGCCAGUUACUACAGCCAUCAGAUUUUGUGUUCUCUCCUUCUCUUUUCCUCUGUGUGGCUUCAUUUUCAGACAUGCUCCAUUCAGAUGGUGGCAAGAUGGCUUCCAGGCAGCUCCAGGUUACGUGGUCCUUGUAGCAGACACCUACAGGGUAUUAGCAGGAUAGACUCCCUUUCUUCCUCAGCAUUCAUUUCUCUCCUGCCACAGGAGGCCAGCAGGCCUUACCUCAAUCAUCUGCCCAUACAGGGGAACCCAGGUUCUAUUCAUCUGUCCACGCUGCCAUCCUUAGUGGGUUGGCUUUUCCCCUUCAAGCUUAUUUCCUCAUUGUCUCAAUAUGGCUACAGAAGCUCCAGACAUCACCUCCUCACCAACCACUUCCAGACACAGAAAAGAGAGUAUGUUUUUCUGUUGCCUCCUUUUCAUUUUAUUUCAUUCAUUUAAAAAACAUUUGUUUAAGCCUCAGAUUUGUAGGAG